GACUUUAUUGACUUAACCUCGUACAGAAAGUCCGUUGUAAGCUGUGCCACGACACUGACGUUGUUUACAAAAUGGAGCGUGAUACGAAAACCGUAUUUCUCUUCGAUGUUGACGGAACAUUGACAGCAUCUCGAAAGGUAAUAGAGCCAGAGAUGGCUAGGUUUAUGGAGGAUUUGAAGUCACAAGUCAAGGUGGCUCUGGUUGGUGGCUCAGACCUUGUGAAAAUUGCUGAACAAUUAGGUGGUGACGAUGUAAUACACAAGUUUGACUAUGUGUUUGCUGAAAAUGGGCUUGUUGCUUACAAAGAGGGACAACAGAUUGGCCAACAGAAUAUUUUGAAACAUAUGGGUGAAGAAGUCCUGCAGAAAGUUAUAAACUUCAGUCUACACUACAUGUCACAGUUAACACUUCCUGCUAAACGUGGGACAUUUAUAGAGUUUCGCAGCAGUAUGAUCAACAUUUGCCCCGUUGGUCGCAGCUGUUCACAAGCAGAGAGGGAUGCAUUUGCUGCUUAUGACCAGGAACACCAAGUAAGGGAGAAGUUUAAACUGGCGCUAGAGAAAGAAUUCCAGGGGGCGGGGCUACAGUUUGCCAUCGGAGGUCAGAUCAGCAUUGACGUGUUCCCUGAAGGCUGGAACAAGACCUACUGUCUGCGUUUCAUGGAGAAUGAUGUUGACACUAUUCAUUUUUUUGGCGAUAAAACAGAAAAGGGCGGUAAUGAUUACGAGAUCUUCGCAGAUCCACGAACAGUUGGACACAGUGUAACAAGCCCAGAAGACACGAGGAAACAAGUGACUGAAGUUCUCAACUCUCUUAAACAUUGAUGUAUAUCAAUGCUAGGGAAUCAUUAGGCAAAGAUGCAGAUAUUUUAAUCAUUGAUACAUUCUUGUAGUUCAGAAGUAAGAAAAAUUGUGAGUCAAUACAAUGUUUAUUGACUGACAAGAAAUAUAUUUUAUUGUAAUUCAUA